AUAACUUCAAUGCACCAACAUCCAUUGAUCAUUUGAUACUCAUCUGUCGCUGUUCAUAUGUAGUUGUGUCCCUUCACCUGCCUCAACUCCUCCCACCCCCACAAUCUCCUCAUCCGCCAUGCCAAAAACAUACACCUACACCGAAGUGCAACAGCACCGCUCCGCCGACAGCUGCUGGGUGGUGCUGUACGGCCACGUCUACGACGUCACCUCCUUCCUCCCCUCCCAUCCCGGCGGCAGCAAAGUCGUGCUCCAAUUAGCAGGCACCGAUGCGACGGAGGAAUACGAUCCCAUCCACCCCCCCGGCACAUUGGAGGAGAACCUCCCGCCUUCGGCCAAGCUAGGCGCAUUCGAUGCGAGUACGCUUCCGACGCAAGAGAAAGCCCCCGCUGGAGAGGAAGAGAAGACGCAAGCAGUAGCGCCUACGCAGCAGCAGACAGCAGUAGUCCCCACGGCGGGAAAACAACAGCACCCCAUCACCAGUCUGGCGCAAUGCCUCAACCUCGACGACAUAGAGAAACUCGCUACCGCCAAACUGCGCCCCAAAGCCUGGGCAUACUACUAUUCCGCCGGCGACGACCUGCUGUCCAAAACGCUCAACAACACCGUCUACCAACGCAUCCUCAUGCGGCCGCGCGUCUUCGUCGACUGCACCAAAUGCGACACCUCCACCUCUUUCCUCGGCCACAAAGUCGCGCUCCCCUUCUUCGUCUCCCCCGCUGCUAUGGCGCGUUUGGGACACCCGGACGGCGAGGCCGGGAUUGCGCGCGCGUGUGCGGCUUUUGGCGCGAUGCAGAUUAUUUCGUAUAAUGCUUCGCAAACGCCCGAGCAGAUUGUAGCCGAUGCGCAGCCCGGGCAGAUCUUCGGAUGGCAGAUUUACGUGCUGACGGAUCGGAAAGCGAGCGAAGCGAGAAUCGCGCGGAUUAACAAGUUACCUGCGAUCAAAUUUAUCGUUCUCACGCUCGACGCGCCCGUACCGGGGAAGAGGGAAGACGACGAACGCACAGGUCUUGUAGCCGCUAAUCUGCGCGCUACAAGUGCAGUGAAGAACACCUCCUCAGCAUCAAGCCGCUUCCCCGACGACCGCGAACAGCAGCAAGCGCGCGACGUCGAGAGCAGCGACAGCGGGAGCGUAGGCAAGGCGCUCUUCCAAGGCACCGCGCCCGAUCUGACGUGGAAAGCGACGCUCUCCUGGCUGCGACAGCACACUCACCUCCCCAUUAUGCUGAAGGGCGUGCAGACGCACGAAGACGCCUAUCGCGCUUCGCUGUACCCGCAAGUCCAAGGUAUCAUCUUGUCGAACCACGGUGGCCGCGCGAUGGAUACUGCGCCGCCUUCUAUUCACACUCUCCUCGAAAUUAGAAAGUACUGCCCCGAAGUUCUAACCAGGCUAGAAGUCUGGGUCGACGGCGGCGUGAAGCGCGGAACGGACGUAGUGAAGGCGCUGGCUUUGGGAGCGAAGGGCGUGGGCAUUGGCCGGGCGCCGUUGUUCGGUCUCGGAGCUGGAGGCACGCAGGGGGUGGAGAAGGUGCUGGAGAUUUUGAAGGGCGAGGUGGAGACUGCGAUGAGGCUGUUGGGUUGCGAGAGGGUGAGCGAGCUCGGGCCGUAUUGUGUGAAUUCGCGGGCGGUGGAGACGGAGGUGUUUGAUGAUGUGCCGGCGCCGAGGAUGCAGAAGUUGGGGCUGUGGUUGAGGAGUAGAUUAUAGAUGUACAUAUAUGUAUACAUUGAGACAUGAUUGACGGCGAUGAUGAGGAUACCGAACCAGCUUUUGGGAAGAUCGUUCCACGCAGUACCGGAAGUGUGCAGAGGCGAAGGAAGUCACGACAGUGUGGAUGAGAUGAGAUGAAGAAGGCACAACAAGAUGGAUGAAACGAAGUCCAUUUGACGCAGGACCACCGCAACAUCCCUAUCUACCCAGCCCAGCCCAGCCCAGCCGACCCUGCAAAGCGGACAAUCUGAUGAGGUAUGCCCGCAAUGCCCAUCCAAGCCCCUCGGUCACAACCCGCCAAACCCCAACCGACCAUGCAAAGCAGACAAUUUGAUGUGGUAUGCCUGCAGUGCCCAUCCAAGCCCCUCGGUCGCCAGCCACCAUCACUCAUCCUCCGCCGCAUCCGACAAGAUGCCCAAGCCCAAGUCCA